CUCCAGCAUUAUAAAGCCAUUGUCCGGCGGGCUCGACUCAUCUUGUUUGUGCCUGUCUAAGGAACUCUCCCCCGACUUUUAUUUUUGGCAUCCACCAUGAGGGAGAUCGUGCACAUCCAGGCCGGCCAGUGCGGCAACCAGAUUGGUGCCAAGUUCUGGGAAGUGAUCAGCGAUGAGCAUGGCAUCGACCCAACGGGGACCUACCAUGGAGACAGCGACCUGCAGCUGGACAGGAUCAGCGUCUACUACAACGAGGCCACAGGAGGGAAAUAUGUCCCCCGCGCCAUCCUGGUGGACUUGGAGCCAGGCACCAUGGACUCUGUGAGGUCCGGACCUUUCGGCCAAAUCUUCAGACCUGACAAUUUUGUCUUCGGCCAAAGCGGUGCUGGCAACAACUGGGCUAAGGGUCACUACACGGAGGGUGCCGAGCUGGUGGACUCUGUGCUGGAUGUGGUGCGCAAAGAGUCGGAGAGCUGCGACUGCCUGCAAGGCUUCCAGCUCACGCACUCCCUGGGCGGAGGAACCGGGUCGGGGAUGGGAACCCUGCUCAUCAGCAAGAUCCGAGAGGAAUACCCCGAUAGGAUCAUGAAUACCUUCAGUGUGGUGCCUUCGCCCAAGGUGUCCGACACAGUGGUGGAGCCCUACAACGCCACUCUAUCCGUCCACCAGCUGGUGGAGAACACAGAUGAAACUUAUUGCAUCGACAACGAGGCGCUGUACGACAUCUGCUUCCGCACGCUCAAGCUGACCACGCCCACUUACGGAGACCUCAACCACCUUGUAUCCGCCACCAUGAGUGGCGUCACCACGUGCCUGCGCUUCCCGGGCCAGCUCAACGCCGACCUGCGCAAGCUGGCAGUCAACAUGGUGCCUUUCCCCCGUCUGCACUUCUUCAUGCCCGGCUUCGCCCCUCUCACCAGCCGGGGCAGCCAGCAGUACCGUGCCCUCACCGUACCAGAGCUCACUCAGCAAGUGUUUGACGCUAAGAACAUGAUGGCGGCGUGCGACCCGCGCCACGGCCGCUACCUCACCGUGGCCGCCGUCUUCCGUGGGCGCAUGUCCAUGAAGGAGGUAGACGAGCAGAUGCUCAACGUGCAGAACAAGAACAGCAGCUACUUCGUCGAGUGGAUCCCCAACAACGUGAAGACAGCCGUGUGCGACAUUCCGCCCCGUGGCCUCAAAAUGGCAGUCACCUUUAUCGGCAAUAGCACGGCCAUCCAGGAGCUGUUCAAGCGCAUCUCCGAGCAGUUCACCGCCAUGUUCCGCCGCAAGGCCUUCUUGCACUGGUACACAGGCGAGGGCAUGGAUGAGAUGGAGUUCACAGAGGCCGAGAGCAACAUGAACGACCUGGUGUCAGAGUACCAGCAAUACCAGGACGCCACGGCCGAGGAAGAGGGCGAGUUCGAGGAGGAUGCCGAGGAAGACGCUUAAGAGAGAAGAGCGGCGGCGAGACCAGUCAAAGGGUCCACCGCUUAUGUAACCCAGGAGACCACAUAGUUUCAGCUGUGAUAGAAUCUGAUUCUUUUAGACAAUGUUAGUGUCCCCAAGUCAUUCAUCGCCAGUAAAAUCUGUCAAAUGAGAA